UUUUGCCCUUUUCUUUGCCACUCUCACUUUUUCUCACCAAUCGAAAAACGUUCAGACAAAAAAACAUAACCGUUGGAAGAAGAACCCACGUGGCGGUCAGCCUAUCCACUUGUCUUCUUCAUUUCACUCUUCCUUUGGAUUCUCUCUUCCUCUUCCUUUUGUCCCAUUCCUCUUCCCUUCCAUCACUCCAAAGUAAAGCAUCUCUCCCAUUCCAAAACCCGUGAUUUUCAUCAACCAGAUUCAAUCCUCUCUCUCGAUUUCAGUUUCACAAUUCCAUCUUCUCCAAUGGGCAUUCUCUGAAAUCUCUGUUUCCAAAUGUUGUCGUCUCCUCCAUCUCUCCUCUUCUCUGUUUCUUUCUUCCUCCUCUGUUUCUGCCAUUUCCAUGGCGUUUCCGCCUUUGCCGGGACCGAGUUUGACUUCGGCACUCUUACUCUCACCAAUCUCAAGCUCCUCGGCGACGCCCACCUCAGCAAUGGCAGCGUCCGCCUCACUCGCGACGUCUCUGUUCCUUACUCUGGCGCCGGAAAAGCCUUCUACUCCAAACCUGUUCGAUUCCGACAGCCUGGUACUCACUCUCCGGCGAGCUUCUCCACCUUUUUCUCCUUCUCCGUCACCAACCUCAACCCUUCUUCCAUCGGCGGAGGGCUCGCCUUCGUCAUCCCCCCCGACGCCGACACGAUCGGAUUCUCCGGAGGCUCUCUGGGUCUCGCCAGAGCCGACGGGUCGGGUUCCGGGUUCGUGGCCGUCGAAUUCGAUACCCUUAUGGAUGUCCAGUUCAAGGACAUCAACGGGAACCAUGUCGGCUUCGACGUCGACGGUGUCAUUUCGUCUGUCACCGGCGAUCUCGCUGCCGUCGAAGUUGACCUCAAGAGCGGCAACACCGUGAAUUCGUGGAUCGAGUACGACGGGUCGGGUCGGAUCUUCAACGUAUCGGUCUCGUACUCGAAUCUGAAACCCAAAUCCCCGAUUCUGUCUUUCCCGUUCGAUCUCGAUCGGUACGUGAACGAUCUCAUGUACGUGGGUUUCUCCGGUUCGACUCAGGGAAGCACGGAGAUGCACAGUAUCGAGUGGUGGAGCUUCAGUUCAUCAUCCGGGUCGGGUCCGGGAUCCGAUUCUCUUCAGCCUCCGCCUCCGGCGACGGCCAAUCUGGUGAACCCGACGGCGAACUCCGUGAAAACUUCUCCGCCUCCGCCGUCACCGUCGCCGCCGUCACCCGCCGCGAACUCGACCUCUGGCUCCAAAUCUGAGACGGCGAAGCCAUCUUCUUCGUGCCAUAACGAGCUCUGCAAGGAGAACCCAGGAGCCGUCGCCGGCGUCGUGACCGCCGGAGCUUUCUUCCUAGCCAUUUUCGCCGGAGUUCUGAUCUGGGUUUACUCCAAAAAGUUCAAACGAAUCGAAAAGUCCGAAACUUUCGCGUCGGAGAUUAUCAAAACCCCCAAAGAAUUCACCUACAAGGAACUCAAAACCUCGACGAGGAACUUCAGCGGCAAUCGGAUCAUCGGACACGGAGCCUUCGGGACAGUAUACAAAGGGAUCUUCCCGGAGACAGGAGAAAUCGUCGCCGUCAAGCGAUGCAGUCACAGCUCACAAGGCAAGACAGAGUUCAUGUCGGAAUUAUCCAUAAUCGGAAGUCUCAGACACAGAAAUCUCGUCAGAUUACAAGGUUGGUGCCACGAAAAAGGCGAAAUCCUGUUAGUUUACGAUCUAAUGCCAAACGGGUCACUGGAUAAAGGCCUGUUCGAGUCACGAACGCCAUUAUCGUGGGAUCACCGGAAAAAAAUUCUGCUCGGAGUUGCUUCAGCUCUUGCUUACUUGCACAGAGAAUGCGAGAAUCAAGUGAUCCAUAGAGACGUUAAGACAAGCAACAUUAUGUUGGAUGAGCAUUUCAAUGCGAGGUUGGGAGAUUUCGGAUUGGCCCGACAGAUCGAACACGACAAAACCCCGGACGUGACAGUGGCCGCAGGAACAAUGGGUUACUUAGCGCCGGAAUAUCUUCUCACCGGACGAGCCACUGAGAAAACAGACGUUUUCAGCUACGGAGCCGUCGUUCUCGAGGUCGUGACCGGAAAACGGCCGAUAGAGAAGGACGUUGCGGCCGGCAAUGGGAAUUUGGUGGAAUGGGUAUGGGGUUUGUAUAGGGAAGGUAUGGUCUUGGAGGCAGUGGACCCGAGGCUCGAGGGCGAGUUCGACCAGGCCGAGGUGGCUCGGGUCGUGACCCUGGGCUUGGCUUGUUCCCAUCCCGACCCAACGGCUCGACCCACGAUGCGAGCCGUGGUCCAGAUGCUGGUCGGUGAAGCUGAUGUUCCAUUGGUCCCUAAGACAAGACCGACUCUGAGUUUUAGCACUUCUCAUCUGUUGUUGAGUUUGCAAGAUAGUCUCUCCGACAGUAAUGUCGUCGCCGGCGGAAUUUCUAGUCCGUCGUCUUCGUCUUGGUCGGCGCCGGAGUUUAGCGUUUCGACGACACGUGGCGAUGACCGGUUGGUUUGAAGAUCGGAGGAGAUAUUUGUUUACGGUUGGUUUAGGAUUUUGCUUCGUGUGUUGUGAGAUUCAAUUCAUUUUUUUUAUAAUUCAAAAGUUUACAUUA